CCUGCACUUCAACUUCAAGAGCACUUCAAGUGCAGCCAUUCUGAAGGGCAACAGGAAAAGCUGGGAAAAGUUGGAGGACCCUAAGCCCUCAGUAUGGCGCCACCUGCUCUCCUUUCAGCGCUUGCUCUUGUUACAGGUGGGGUUGCUCUAAGAAAGCUGUUGGGAGCAAGAGCCGUGGAAGAUCAACCAAGGAUGGGAACUUCAGAGAGCACGGCAGUUCGUGAGCCCUUGUCAGCAUCUGGAACAGCUGAGGGCUUGGAGAAAGAGCUGGUCGACAAGUUCAAAAGGAAGCUGGAGUCUCGAAUAGAGGGUUGGGAGGGGCUGAAGACCGAUCUAGAGCACUUUCCUUAUUACCUAAGUGAACGAACCCGGGAACUUCUUCUGCGCUCGAUGUUUGUUUACCUGCAAAAACCAGAGUUUAUCAAGUACGCCGCCGACUUUCAAGCGUUAAGCAAUGCGAUUCUUCUAGAGAGCACAGAAGGCUCUGACCUCUAUCAGCUGAGGCUGAUAGAAGCAUUGGCCCGGCACUUCAAGGCACGCCUGCUGGUUGUGAGUCAUGCAGAUCUACUACCGGAGGACGAAGUUGACAAGGUUCCAAGGCGAGCAAGCAUAUACAGAGCGGACAGGGGGGCUGGGGCCUCAUCCUCAGUACAAGCCUACACAAAAGAGACCUUGAACGACAGCAUCGGCAAGAGUCUCGUAGGUUUGACGACGCUCUUAGCCGCUGCCGUCGCUGCCAGCCAUGCCUCCCCGCACAUGCCCAAAGACCCUGGAACCUCUGCCGCUCCUCCCCCCUCGUCGGCCAUCCGCAUCCAAAUGGGUGUGCGGCCAGCCGGUGCGAAGGGGGGGGUGACGUCAGCGGUUCAAAACAACACGGCGACGACUAUGGCUGCGCCCCUGUCGAAGAGUUUCAAGGUCGGGGACAGGGUGGCUUAUAUUACACCUCCGCAGGACGACUAUCAGCAGCCUGUUGCGGGGACAACCGGUCGCAUCCUGGCUUCGUACGAAAGCCACGCAGUGCGUUUCGAUGAAGAGGUGCCAGGGGGAAGCGAUCUCCGAGGGAUGUGCGAGCCUGGCCGCGGUCAAGUCUGUUACUCAAGUGAUCUUGUCCCUGCAUCAACCGCUGGAGGAAAGGAGACGUUCCCAGCAAUAUCAGCCUUCUUCGAGGUGGUGGCAGAUGCCAGCAAGAUCGGCCCACUGAUUGUCUUCAUGAAGCAUGCCGGCGAGGUUGCAAAGAACCAGAAGGCGUCGCUCGCAUUUUUGGGCAAGCUCACAACCAUGGGAGAAGCACCUGUUGUCAUCAUCGCUUCCAGCACUGAUUGCGACGAAGACGACGAAGUUGACGCCGCUGCUGACGUGGGAAGCGACAGCGCGUCGAACACGGCGGUGGACGAGGACCCUCUGCUUGACUUGUUCCCCAACCUAGUUACAAUCCAGCCCCCGAGGGAAGAUGCCUUGCUUGCGGUGUGGAACCGGCAGAUGGAGAAGGACGCCAAAGAGUUGACAGCAAUCGACAACCGGUUAGUUCUGGAAGAGGUCCUUAGCUACCUGAAAGUCGGCAUUGAAAAGCUGGAGGAUGUCAACAUCGACGACCGGUUCUUGACGGAAGAUGAGGCCGAAAACAUCUUGGCCUAUGCUACGGGUCACUAUCUGCGGGAGACGGUUGAACCGGUGGUCGUCGAGAAGAAAUUGAUGCUCUCGGCGAAGAGCAUCGAGUACGGGGUGCGAGUUUUGGAUUCCAUCUACGACGGGACCACUAAGGUGGAACCAGACAAACCGGCAAGUAGCGGAGUGGCGGAUGAGGAAAGAGUCGCCGAGGAGGAGCUGACGAAGAUGCAGGCGCUCGUGUCCAAAAAGCGGCUCAAGAACAUCGUCACCGCCAACAAGUUCGAGGACCAGGUCCUGUCGGAAGUCGUCCCCCCUAGCGAGACGGGCGUCACUUUCGACGACGUGGGCGCCCUGGAGCACGUCAAGGAGACGCUGAAGGAGCUGGUGAUGCUGCCGCUGCAGCGCCCGGAGCUCUUCACUAAGGGCCAGCUGACGAAGCCCACCAAGGGCAUUCUGCUCUUCGGGCCGCCAGGGACGGGCAAGACCAUGCUCGCCAAGGCGGUGGCCACGGAGGCGGGCGCCAACUUCAUCAACUUGUCAAUGUCGGAUAUCUUAUCCAAGUGGCUGGGCGAGGCGGAGAAGAACGUGAAGGCGGUGUUCAGCAUCGCGCGCAAGAUCGCGCCCACGGUCAUCUUCAUCGACGAGGUGGACAGCCUGCUGGGCAAGCGCGGGCAGUUCAACGAGCACGAAACAAUGCGCAAGGUCAAGAACGAGUUCAUGGCCAACUGGGACGGCCUCCGCACGCGCAGCGACGAGCGCGUCCUCGUGCUCGCGGCGACCAACCGGCCCUUCGACCUCGACGACGCGAUCGUGCGGCGGUUCCCGAGACGGCUGAUGGUGGAGCUGCCGGACGCCGCCAACCGGACCCAGAUCCUGCGGGUGAUUUUGGGCAAGGAGGACCUCGAGCCGGGCUUCGACUUCGACGAGCUGGCCAACAUGACGGACGGGUACUCGGGGAGUGACCUCAAGAACCUGUGCGUCGCGGCGGCUUACCAACCCAUCAGGGAGCUCCUCGAACAAGAAAAGAAGGCAAAGCUCGAAGCAGCGGAGCGGCGGAGAGCGGCCUCAGCCCAGAAGAGCACCAACGCUGAGGCAGCCACAACGGAAGCCUCUUCCGCAGCUGCAAAGGAAUUAGUCCCAGCAGUGCCCGUAACUGAUUGUCUUCCACCUUCGACAUCAGACGACGCGGCAGAGCCACCAGGGGUGGAAGCGGACGAGGGCUCGGCUGACGUUGCAAUGAGGCACGUUGAAGUCGAAGCGACUGUUACGGAGCCGGAGACGGAAGAGGCGGUUGCCGGAGCCAUACCGGAAGAGGCGCCCCUUGCGGCUGGCACAGAUUCGAACCCCCAAGGCUCUGUGUCAAGCCCUGAGUCGGAGCCCGCAGUCGAGGCCGAAAAGAUAACCGUUGGUACCACGCACAAAGGCCACGAUCGGAUGCCGGACGCUGCGGAGACGGCGACGUCAUCGACGGACGGUGAGAAGGAGCAGCCCGCUGUUACGGGCGUGUUUACAUCGGAGCCCACUGGCCCUGCGGAGGCUGGUGGCAGCAGUGGUGUGAAAAGCCCGGUGGGCAUGCGGCCCAUGGUGCAGCUUCGGGCCCUGACGAUGGACGACAUGCGAAAGGCGAAGGCGCAGAUUGCCGCCAGUCUUGCUUUAGAGAGCAGCAGUGUCGCGGAAUUGAAAGAGUGGAAUGAACUUUACGGGGAGGGAGGAUCACGAAAGAAGGUGUCCUUGACGUACUUCAUGUAGACCUGAAAGCAAGACCACCUGGACAGAUUGGUGAUUGAUUUUCAUAUAGAGUCUAAUUGAUCAAGUCCGUUCAAUUCCGUUCAUCAGAUAUCAAGUUCUCGUAUCUUCUCAAAACGGUUCAGUGUGCACCGUCUUUCAGUGUUGUGGUAGGUAGUCUGGAUUCAGGUCGGGACAUUUUCAUUGGCAUACAUUGGAUGCCUUGCUGCACUACCUUUCAUCCUCGCGCACGUAAAGCAACGAAUGGCAGACUGCCAAGAAGAGUAAUAUGGAGAUUGAAAUUCCCUCGGCCCAUAAUUACAG